AUGGCGGCGUUAGAAAGGUUGGACUACGGCAACGCCAGGGAGAUGGGGAAGGUUCAUCAGGUGAUACUAGUUCGCUACUGUCAUUCGAUGUAUCCGGAACCAUACUCGCCAAGUUGUGAACUAUGUGAAAGUCUGGAUCCAAUCCAAGACCACGGGGCGCAAUUAAAAGGUGUGAAGCAGCUUGCUGGUGAUCACCACGGUGGUACCUACACCGGCGGGGGAACAUCUUUAAUGCCGAGAUGA